AUGUCUCCUAUCCGAGUCGGUUUGAUCGGACUGCCUAGUGCUUCGGGAGAGAAUUAUGAGGGCACUUCGUGGUCUGUUAACGCCCACUUGCCCUUCCUCACCAAGUCUCCCAAUUUUGAAAUUGUUGCGCUGCUGAAUAGCUCCGUGGAGUCUGCACAAACGGCAAUCCAGAAAUAUGGCCUACCGAACGAAACCAAGGCUUACGGUGACCCGCAAGAUCUCGCCAACGACCCUGAUGUGGACCUCGUGGUCUGCAGUGUCCGCGUUGACCGACACUUUCUGACUGUGCGUCCUAGCCUCAUCGCUGGCAAGGCAGUUUAUGUCGAAUGGCCACUAGACCGUAAUCUCGAGGUGGCCCAAGAGAUGGCUACUCUAGCGACAAAGCAUAAUGCGCGUACCAUCGUAGGCAUACAGGGCGCCUUUUCGCCGAUUAUUCGUAAGAUGCGAUCUGUUAUCGAAAGCGGGGAGAUAGGACGCGUCCUGGCUAGUACGAUCACCGGAUCAUUUGGCAAUAACGUUGAUGCAGAGAGCAAGAACGUACGGUACUUUCUUGACCGGGAUAUUGGAGGAAAUCCGAUUACUAUCCAUGUUGGUCACAGCUUGGAGUACAUUGCUGCCGUCCUCGGGGAAUUCAAAACUCUCAGGAGCUUUUCGUCAAUCAGCCGACCGACGAUAGAUAUCAAGGACUACAGCGUUGGAGACACCGGCAAGGUCGUCGAAGCGGGCGCUCGCAAUACUGUCCCGGAUCAGAUUCUCGCUUAUGGCACCGUUGAGCCUUCCGAUGCAGCAGUUACUGUCAAAUUCCAUGCUGGAAAGGAGUUUCCAGGCCAGCCUCGACUAGACUGGCGUAUUCAAGGAGAAAAGGGUUGGCUGCGGUUGGCCUCCCCGUUGGUGUCUUUGAAUGUCGGCGGCCCGGGAAUUAAAUUGGAGAUCGCGAGAAAUGAGACGAACACGGUAGAGGAGAUACUACCGGAGGCAGAUGAGUGGGAUGAGCUACCCGUACCGGCUCAGAAUAUUGCCCGUCUGUAUGAAGCCUAUCGCAAGAAUGAGUGGCAUCCCACUUUUGACUGGGCGUUAAAGAGGCAUGAGGCGCUCGAUAGGAUUUGGAAGGAGUUUGAUGCAGAGAGCCAUUAG